AUGGGACGUCUUAGGAAUGUUCCUGUUGUUCCCCCACUAGAAAGUUUAAGACAUAUUGGCCUUGUUUUGGCUGAACAACAUCAAGAACUUUAUUCUCCUAUAGAAAAAUAUUUACGCAAAGCAUCGCCAGAAUUAGCUCUCGAUUUAUCUGCAUGUUUCAUGUGUUUAUUGGAACAUGAAAAUGAUGCGAGUAGGAGAGGGGCUUGCCGUGCUUUGGCUAUUCUUGGGGCAGAAAAUUCUCUAACUUGUCUUGAUUUUCUCUCUCGCAGUGACUACAACAAAAGUGUCCGACAAGAGGCAGAACAAGCUUCAUUAAAAAUUCGAAGAUUGCUUUUACUGAGAGAAGAACAACAAGUUGUAACUAAAAUAUAAAAGAAGGGGAGAAAGAAAAUAUAAAAGCAAACUUAAAGAAAAACAUUCCUAAAUAAUUUUACAAACUUGCCUUUUUAAGCUUAAUCUUUAAAGUUUAUUAUUUUUUAAAGUUUAUUUUUAAUUUUCAAGUUUGCCUUCUCUGUCAAAGUUUUGUCUCUAUUAUUUUUAUGCGCUAUUUUCACAUUUAUUAAACUUUGUAAAACUUGAAGAAUUCUUUAUCAAACUUAUCCUUUUAUUCUUAAAAAUAGCUAAUAUAAUUAUUAACGUUUCUUUAUUAAAUUUUAAUCUAAUCUUCAUGUC